CUGUGUGGACAGUUGAGUCCAUGCCCAUAGUGUCCUAAACUGGGAAGAGUUGGAGAGGGGUCCAUAGACUUUUUACCCCAAGCUGGGAAUGCAGUAGAGGGAGGUAAAACUGAGCCUGGUGGGUGGGUUAGGGGGGCCCCAGGAUCAACUAGAUGGUGUGGCCCAUGUUGUUGAAAACACUGGAAAGUGAAGGAUUGCUGGCAUGUCAGCAGAAGGAAGAGACAGAAGAACUGAGGGCAGUAUUUCCUCUGAUGAGAACCUUAGAGGGUACAAGCAGGAAGUACAGUGUAUGGUUUACUCCUGCUAAAGGACUGCUAGAAAUAAGGCUAUCAGUAAGUGGGCUGUCCUGGCAAAGUGAGGUCCUAGGGACCAGAUUGGAGUGGGCUAGGCCUGAGUUCUGCCCCAGCUGUCAUCACUCACCAUCACCCUCAGCCUUCUUCCAUUGUGGGGCCGGAUACCUGGAUCCAACUGUCCUGUUCUCCACCUGAGUCCUCAGGUGUAGGGGAUGAGUCUUUUCCAGGCCACCUGUACCAUGAGGUUAAUGUGCACUCCAACACUGUCUAGUUCCAGAAUGCAUGGCCCCCUUUGCAACUGACAGUCCUUCCCUGUUCCAACCCUGUCCUCAUGGCACAACCAAGCAUGGCUGUUAUCCACAGGAGGACAGCCAGUAUAGUAUGAGAAGAUGCCACUGCCGGGAGACUGUGGCCUUAGCUUCCAGCCUGGCCCUGAGCCAUCCGCAACCUAAUAGGAGACCCUGCACCCUGGAUGGAGCUGAUCCUGAGUACCAGCCUGGCUAAGCUGACUCUGAAUCUUGUAUACCAGCGAGAGGUGGCCCUGAGAUUCAACUUGACCACAUCAACCCUGGAUCCCACACACCAACCAGAGCUGAUCCUGAACCCUAGGAUAGCUGAACUGACCCUGGAUUCCAGGACCUUCAGUCCUGGCCCAGCUGAGCUUACCCUGGAUUCCAAGCACCAGCUAGAGGACACCCCAGCUCCCAGACUAGCUGAGUUGACCUUGGAGCCUGUGCACUGCCGACCUGAGCUUAUGGAUGCUUGUGCUGACCUCAUCAAUGACCAGUGGCCCCGCAGUCGUGCCUCCCGCCUGCACUCCCUGGGCCAGUCCUCAGAUGCCUUCCCCCUAUGCCUGCUGCUGCUGAACCCCCACCCAAGAUCGGAAGCAGCCCCCAUUGUGGUGGGCCAUGCUCGCCUGUCACGGGUACUGGACCGGCCCCAGAGCCUCUUGGUAGAGACAGUGGUGAUAGCCCGAGCCCUAAGGGGCCGUGGUUUUGGCCGCCGCCUGAUGGAGGGCCUGGAGGACUUUGCUCGGGUCCGGGGCUUUCGCCGGCUACACCUCACCACUCAUGAUCAGCUAUACUUCUAUUCCCACCUGGGCUACCAUCUGGGGGAGCCUGUGCAGGGUCUGGUCUUCAGCAGCCAACGGCUACCCACCAGCCUGCUCCGUGCCUUACCUAGGGCUCCCACCUCCAACCCACCUUGCAUGGUUCCUAGCUUGACUGUCCAAGCUGCUGCCCCAAGUAGCCCCAAGGGGCCCCCAUUGCCACCACCCCCUCCUCUGCCCCAGUCCCUGACCACCUUACCCUCACCUCCAGCAGGGCCAUUUCCACAGAACCUGCUGGAGACACAAUACCAGGACCUGAGGGGAUGCCCCAUAUUCUGGAUGGAAAAAGACAUCUAAGGGCCAUCUCAGACAAGGCACUGUCCUGUGUCAUUGAACUGUCCAGGACAGUGCCAGCCUCAGCCCACUGGCUAUACCUCAGCCCCUAUAGCCCCUGGUGCAGCUUUAGUCUGGGCAUGUUUCCUGGCUACCAGCGGAGCCAGGAGAUGAUCCUGUAGUUCUGGCUCAGAGCUACCAGUAUGGCUGAAUAAAAGCUUCUGAUGGG